AUGGCUGCACAACUUACUACUUUUCCCGAAGAUGAUUUGUGUCCUAAAAUUUGCACUGACAAAGGUGCUUUCAAGAAAGCCAAGAAAACUCCUGAAAAAGCAUUGGCAGAGCUUCAAGAAGCUAAAGAAGACCAAGAGGCAAAGGAGAUGAAAAAAGUUGAUGAAAUGCCAGUCGACGCUGUAGAAAAUCCACCAGAAACUUUGGGGCCACCACCGACAGGUAAUGAAUACCUACCGAAACUAAAACCAGGACCAGAUGGAAAGGUAGAUUGGACUCCUCUUGCGGGUAUGACCGGUACUAGACCCAGCGUGAACAAGUAUUCUAUCAGCAGAUAUUCUCUCAACGAAUGGAGAAAACAUAAUGAGAGUGUACUUGAUCCUGAGAUAAUAAAUGAAUCCAACAUUGUAGACUACAACGCUAAGACUUGCAUGAUGCAAGCAUUUGGUAAUGUCGAUAAACAACAAUUAGAUAACAAUAACAGAUUAAAGCAAAAAGCUAGAGACAUAUUUAGAUGGAAAGUAGAAGUAGAGAAAGCUUGUAAAGCUAUAACUCAUGAGGUGGAAUUAUUGGAAAUAGAUAGACAGCGACUUAAAGGUGCCUCUAGAGUCUUGAUGUUACCAGAAUCGAUCACAAAUGAAUGCUUGGACCUGCGCUCCAACCGCUUUACACCGGACUUGGUAGCCGAUCUUGCUGAACAGGAACUACUUAAGGAAAAUAAGCUAGUACAAGAAGUGAGAGCUACUUUGAAGAAUACUUUAGAUAGUAUAGAAGAGCAAAUGGCUAUCAAUAAAGCAUCCAAGCAAAAGAUUGAAUACGACUUUUGUGACAAGGCUUUGGCUUAUAAUACUGAGUCUGAAAAUUUAGGUCUCACAACAAAAUCUAACACCAUAAUGUUCAAACCUGGAGCUACAAAGUUUGGAGAUUAUACAGCACCGUUAGAGUAUUGGGAGUUUUUCUGCCGAGAAACAGUUGAAAAUUGCGAAGCUACUCGUCAAAAGUCUGCAGAUUUGCGGGGCAGCCUCGAUGCCAUCUUGGUAAGCAAUGGAAGAAAAUUACGUAACCAAGCGGAUAAAACUGAUAUAGCUUUAGCAGAAACUGUAGCGAUUCAGUCUGAACUAUGUACUAAACUCGAGGAGCUACUGAGAACAACGUUACAGAAGAUCGCUGAUAUGGAAGCUUUGAUUGGAAAUCUUCAAGAUUCCAUAAAAAAAAUGGAUGCAGCUAUGAAACUUGCACAAACAAGGCUUUACAAUAGAAAUGUUGGAAGACCCCAUGGUGAGAGUGUUAGGGAUCAGCCCCAUCUAGGCUUGAUUGAAGAAGUGAAGAAGAUUCACGAGACUGUCACUUCUCUUCUUGGACAACUGCGGAAUGCUGAGAGAGUGAGACGUGACUUGCUGCAAAAGAGGAUUGUACUAGAGAGAGAUAUAGCAUCUAAGAGGAAGACGCUAAACAUCGACAGAGAGAGAUGUGGAAUGAUUCGGUCUCACUAUCCCUCUGCAUCUGAACUCGCUGGAUACUGA